GGUGUAGGGGUGAGAAUGUGAAGUCCAAAGGUUGUUUCCCUGAGUGACAGGAACCUUUUGGGUAGAGAGAGGAACUAGCAUCCUCUUACUACCCUUACUCUUUCCUACCACCUGGUGAGGUGGCUGCCGGGUUAAUCUGAGCAUGGAGCUUCCCAUGCUUUCUCAGAGAAGGGCCUAGUGGCCACUGCCCAGGCUUCCUGGUCAUUACUUCAGUUUCCCACACAGGAGAAAUAAGACAGGGAGCAGGCCUGGCCCCAGCUUUGGCUCUCUGCCUCUCCAUGUGCUCGUGGCCACUCCCAGGCUGGUGCUAAGCAGUGUCAUGGGUCUGGGCCAGGUGGGAGAUUAAUUCUUAGGGGCACUUCAGGCUGAAAAUGGGGAAGAAUGACAGGUCCAAGGCCACCAACAGAGACGAGCAGCUGCCAUCCUUGACAGCUCCUUCCCCUGGGAGAUCAUGACAUUGGUGGUCAGGAACCCAGGCUGAGAAAGAUAGCCAAGGAGGCCUGAGCAAGUCUGGCUUCUGCCGAGGCCUGGCUUCUGCCAAGCAAGCCCCAGUCUCCCUGGCUCCUCCUCCUCAGCCCUCCCCCUCCACAUCGCAUAUACGCUAAUACUCCUGGCACCCAAGUCCACCCACUCUGGACUUUAGCCUUAGUUGGAGCUAGUGUGGGAACCCGGGAAGACUAGAAGCAAAGUUCUUUAAACAAAAGUAAAAAGAAGCAGCUUCAAGCUUUGUAGUACUUGCCAGCUUUCCCCAGCAGAGCCUAGGCUGCCACCUGCAGGUCACUUGGGCUCCAGCCAUGUGGCUGCCUGUGCUGCUCGGUGCCCUGCUCUGGGCAGUGCUGUGGCUGCUCCGGGACCAGCAGAGACUACCCGCCAGCGAUGCCUUUGUCUUCAUCACCGGCUGCGACUCGGGCUUCGGGCGCCUUUUGGCACUGCGACUGGACCAGAGGGGCUUCCGGGUCUUGGCCAGCUGCCUGACCCCCUCAGGGGCAGAAGACCUACAACGAGUGGCCUCCUCCCGCCUCCACACCACCCUGCUGGAUGUCACUGAUCCUCAGAGUGUCCAGCAGGCAGCAAAGUGGGUGGAAACACAUGUGAGGGAAGCAGGGCUUUUCGGUCUGGUGAAUAAUGCUGGUGUGGCUGGCAUCAUUGGACCCACACCAUGGCAGACACGGGAGGACUUCCUUCGGGUGCUGAAUGUGAACACAAUGGGUCCCAUCGGGGUCACUCUUGCCCUGCUGCCCCUGCUGCACCAGGCCCGGGGCCGGGUGAUCAACAUUAGCAGUGUCCUGGGUCGCCUGGCAGCCAAUGGUGGGGGCUACUGUGUCUCCAAGUUUGGCCUGGAGGCUUUCUCUGACAGCCUGAGGCGAGACGUGGCUUCUUUUGGGGUACGAGUCUCCAUCGUGGAGCCUGGCUUCUUCCGAACCCCUGUGACCAACCUGGAGACUUUGGAGAACAUCUUGCAAGCCUGCUGGGCACGGCUCCCUCCUGCCCCACAGGCCCACUAUGGAGAGGCCUUCCUUACCAAGUACCUAAAAGUGCAGCAGCGCAUCAUGAACCUCAUCUGUGACCCGGACCUGACCAAGGUGAGCAGGUGCGUGGAGCAUGCCCUGACAGCUCGCCACCCCCGAACCCGCUACAGCCCAGGCUGGGAUGCCAAGCUGCUCUGGCUGCCUGCUUCCUACCUGCCAGCAAGCCUGGUGGAUGCUGUGCUCACCUCGGUCCUUCCCAAGCCUGCGCAGGCAGUCUACUGAAUCCAGCCUUCCAGCACGGGACUAUUUUUCAGGGAUGAGGACUUUGUUUUCUGUCCCUGCCCUAAUACUGCCUAUGCCUGGCACAAAAUAGAUAAUAAAUGUGUAUUGUUA